UUCUGGUAGACCAGCCGGAAUCGCCACGAGGUCUCCUGGGGGGAUUUUACAACCAAACUGGGAUCUAUGAGUGGGAAGGUGAUCAAGCCAAAAGAAGAGAAAGAUGCUUCGAAAGAGUUGAUUUACUUCUCUAGACUUUUUUUUCUUUGUUUCUUUUUUGUUUUUGUUUUCCGUUUCGUUCUAACUUAAGUUCAUUUUGUUAUGUGGUGACCACAGUUAUGGAUGACGCUCCCCCUGGCACACAGGAGUAUAUUAUGUUACGGCAAGAUUCCAUCCAAUCUACGGAAUUAAAGAAAAAAGAGUCCCCCUUUCGUGCUAAAUGCCACGAAAUCUUCUGCUGCCCUCUGAAGCAAGUCCACCUCAAAGAGAACACAGAACCCGAAGAGCCACAGCUUAAAGGCAUUGUGACGAAACUGUACAGCCGGCAAGGAUACCACUUGCAGCUGCAAGCAGACGGGACUAUCGAUGGCACGAAGGAGGAGGAGAGCACCUACACUGUGUUUAACCUCAUACCCGUGGGUUUACGAGUGGUGGCGAUUCAAGGCGUUCAGACAAAAUUGUACUUAGCGAUGAACAGUGAAGGAUACUUGUACACAUCGGAACAUUUCACACCGGAAUGCAAGUUCAAAGAAUCAGUUUUUGAGAAUUACUACGUGACUUACUCCUCCAUGAUCUACAGGCAACAGCAGUCUGGGAGAGGCUGGUAUUUGGGUCUUAACAAAGAAGGCGAAAUCAUGAAAGGAAACCACGUGAAGAAGAACAAACCCGCAGCACACUUCCUUCCCAAACCAUUAAAAGUGGCCAUGUAUAAAGAACCCUCCCUCCACGAUCUUACAGAAUUUUCACGGUCCGGCAGUGGAACCCCGACAAAAAGCAGAAGCGUCUCAGGAGUCCUAAACGGCGGGAAAUCCAUGAGCCAGCAUGAAUCGACGUAGCCAGGUUGCGGGGGGGCAAGCGGAGAGAUGCAUCAACGGAACCUUACCUCUGGAAUCACGGUCGAUCCCUCCCUUAGCAGUCAAUCAUCCAAACUUUCUGUUCCAGACGAACCGCCGAACUUGCAUAGGGGUCAUGUGUCUUACCAGCCAUUAGACCUGGUUGUUCAAA